AUGCAGUAUAACUACUAUUCACCAUGGUCUGUCAGCAAUGAUGCUGCAUCGGGAUUCCUUGUACGUGCUAUAGUCAGGGACAGUGGCACACAUGUCAGUGUUACAUCAUCAGAACAAGCAUUUGAAUUCCUCUCUCAAUUCUGUCAACAGAAAAAGAUUCAGGAACAAUGUCUCAUGGGCUUAGCAACCAGUUUAAUGUUUCCCACUCAUAAUUUGACUGGUGUCCCUGUCAGACUGGUCUCUGCUGAAUCUCCACUGCGGCAAAUGGAAGUUUCAGAUGAUGAAAAAGAUGCUGACAUGAAGGCUUCAUUUGAAUUGCUACCAUACCUCAUGACAAUUAGCUUACAUGGACUGGUCCCUGAUUCUACAAAGGCUGUUCUUCGAUGGCUUCAGCGGGACGGAAAAUCAAGUGCAGACCAUGAAAUGGAACAAUACUUGACAAGCUCCAUCUCCAAUGAUGAGUUCACGGAUGGAAGUGAAGAUAUCUGA